AAAUCUCAAUAAACGGAAAAAGUGACAACAGCGUGUAACCAUACUUGAAAUUAAACAUUUCAACUUCCCUAUUUGUCAGUUUGGUGGCGGUCAUUAGACUGAGAAAAUGUGCAUUUUACAACAUUGUAAUUGAUCUACUCCUUUGCGAAAUAAAAUCAGCUGAGUUUCAAUAUGUUAAGUGGAGCAGGAUUUAUAUUGUCUCCACCAGGAAUAUUGAAAAUAAUCUCAUUGCUAUGCAUGAUCAUUGGAGGAUUGAUAUUCGUUACUUCUGGUGAUUGCACUGAAUCGCACUUUUGGGCUGUCACGUACAUAAUAUCCACAACCGUGAGUGCCGUCCUAGCUAUGCUAUCCUACACUGUAUAUGCACUGGAUCUAGUGAAAUCGCAUACUACAAUAAAGAUACAACACAUCGCUGAGAUAACGUUCGCAUAUGCCGCCUUUUUGCUGCUGCUGAUCGUCUCUGUUAUCACGAUGACGCAAUGCUCUAAUAAAAAGCUUGCAAUCGAUCACGUUCCUGAGCCACUGACAAUUAUCGGAGCCAUUUUGCUUGCAAUUGGAGGCACCCUCCUUUUUCUGGACUGGCGCUCCAAGGAGCAAAUGGAUGAUAUCCAGACGAAUAUUCCACACCAACAACCCCAGCGUUCAGAUCCAUAUCUUUCAAGAAAAUCAAUUCUUAUUUAACAAGUUCGAUACAUUUUAUU